UUAUGAAAUUGUCAUUUGUUAAUUCCGAAAUAACCUCAAACUAUAAACUGAGCAAAUGAUUAAAAUAAUAAUAUGUUGGUUGUAUUUUAAAAUAAUUAAAUGAGAUAAUUUUCUAAGAGAAUCGUAUCAAUAACUACCGCCACAUGAGAUGGGUGGGUUAGUAUCCAAAGCAAUGCGACCGAUUAAGAGUUUCAACAUUGAAAAUAGAGCUCACCGGGUGAUAUCCAAAGAAAAACCAACCGUUGCACCCAGUUAUCCAUCCACGGUUGAGGAGCUGAAGAGGAUACGAGAAGUGGAUCCAGACAUAGAUGUGAAACUUGCUCAAAAAGAUCCAGAACUCGAUGAAAGAUUGAAAGAUGUUUAUGUAACCUCACUUGGUCGACCCGAAGACGACGUAACUAAAGAAAAGCAGGGACAAAGCGCGAAACGACUGCUGCCACAGGAUCGCAAGGCUCCGCCGGACUUUGAUUUUGGACUAAAGGAACCUGAAAAGGUUCCAUACGGUAGAACCACUUUGCGACAUGCCAUAGAUUAUAUAUCUUCUCACCAAACAAACCCUGAGGAAGUUACGGCCGAGAAAAUUGCUUUUGAAUAUAAGUUAAAAGUGGAAGAUGUAGAAAAUAUACUCAAAUAUUUUAAAACAUAUGAAGUUUAUUUGCCAGCAACAAAAACAACUCCAGCCACCUUUGCUGGGCCAACGGUUCUGAGAAGGCAAUUACUUAAGUCUAAUGUUAAGGAAAUAGAAAGCAAGAAGGAAGAAGAAGAUAACAAACAAGCACAAGUGAAGAAUAUUUAAGUAGUUUGAAUAAUUUUUGGGUAUUUAUUAUUACCUAAACCUACCUUACACACAGUGAUUUGGCACAGGCAGCAAUUUGUAUUUUAAAAUUUAUUGAUUAUUAGAUGAGUGCAAAAUAACUAAAUUCAAAGUAACGAAAUGUGAAAAUAACAGUUUAAAAAGCUCUGAGUUAUAAGAAGAUGCUGUGCCUAAUUCUUAACACCUUCCAGGCUGACUACAUUAUCAUGACAGAUACAAAUAAUAACACAUGAUAAAGAUAUUUGAAGACGGUCAUCAGUGUGUCUCUCUUCAUUUUAUACCAGGCAUAACAUCAUAUUAUAUUGUUCUAGUCCUACUAUCUUACUCUUUUAAUGUCCUGCUAUCUUAGUGCAAGCCUGCAAGAUGUGUUAAAAAAAACAAGUUUUUUAAAGUAAAUGAAAACAAAUAAAAUUUUCAUCUUAAAGCAGUCUUUACAAGUCAUAAGAAGUAAUGAAAAAAAUAUUCACAUAUUAUGAAACGUAAAUAAAAAUGAACUAUAGUGUGAUGAUUGUUUGUUUUUGUUAGAGGAUUAUUGUAUUGAUUUGUAAAAUAACUUGUAAUCUUCCUCAAUAAUUAUGUUGGUUUACCAAGAAAACAAACAAACUUUAUAACUGUUUGCACAUAUGACACAUUAUAAGCAGGGACAUGUGUCCAGGCUCCAGGCUCUUGUGACAAAAUUACUAAAGGAUGAUUGUUGCCAAUUUUUUUGUACAAAAUUCUCUAAACCUAACUUAAUUUUCAGACGCUAAAACUAGUGCUGUCCUAUUUUACAAAGAACAUUGUGAAAAUCUUAAGGACUACGUUUAUACCUAUCUAUUAGGUGUGUAUAAGAGAUUUGUGUACAGCAGAAUUGGCAUUGGCAAUACAUUUUGCUGCUGCCUUUAUUAAAAGUUAAAUGUAUUUUGUCGCUUGAAUUACAUGUGUUCUCAAAAUUAAUUAGAAUGGCUAUAAAAAUUAUACAGUAAAUUUUGUGUAAAACGUGUUGUUUCCAACAUUGUUAAUUAAAUAUUCAGAUAAAUAAAGAAAUUAUACUAAAUAUCUAUAAAAAAAAGAAAACUUAGUCUCAUUGCUUUUAACAGGCACAGAUGAUAAAGCUUCUACAAUGAUUUAGUAAAAGUUAUUUAUAUAAUUAUUAACUUUUAUUUUAUAAUUUUACUAAGUAUGUCAUGUAAAUAAUGUAAAAAAUGUGCCUAUAACAUAAUGUAAUGGAGAAUAUUAAUUUCAGUAUUACAUUAUGUAAUUUUUAAAGUAAAUUUUGUUGGAGUAUUCUUUAAUUUUGCUUUAGUUUAGCUUAAAUGAUUUGUUCAAUAAUGUGAUUUAGAUGUAGAUAGAAAAUAAAAUACCUAUGUUUUGUUGA